AAAAUGUUAUGUAUUCACACCUUCAAGCUUAGAGUAUCAAAUUUCUCAUAUUCGUGCUCUCAUUUAUGAUCGUGAAAAUGUAACUAUAUUCUUUCUAAAAUUUAUAAAAAUAUAUUUAUUUAUUCAACUUUUUAUUUUUGCACUUGAAAAAAGUUAAACUACAAGACUGCAACUCUUUAAUAAUGAAUGCACAAGUUAAAUCGUCUCGAGAGAGGUUAAGUAAUAUUAGUGGCAAUACAACUAGUUGGUUUGCAAACUUAAUUCCUCCGGAUUAUGUUGCGGGAAUGCCGGACAUUCUUCAUGUCACUGAAGAAAGUCAUCAACUCCAAAAUGCUGACACUAGUCUAGUGCCUACCGCAGAUGUGGACAGCAAAAUGAAAACCAUGUUACUCACAAUGUGGAAUAAUGUUAAAUACGGAUGGUCGUCAAAGAUGAAGACAAAUUUUUCCAAAGAAUCGCCAGUAUGGCUAUUAGGUUCAUGUUAUUAUAAAAAACCUGAUGAAGCACUUACCUUUGACAAGGCUUCAGAAGCUGGACUGGAUAUGGAUUCUAGUGGUGAUGAAUCAGUGGCUGAAGAUGCCACCAGCUUGGAUGAUGGCAUGGAAAGCUUUAAAAGAGAUUUCGUAUCUAGAUUAUGGUUAACUUAUCGCAAAGAAUUUCCUAUUUUAAAUGGUUCUUCAUUUACCACUGAUUGCGGAUGGGGUUGUAUGUUAAGAAGUGGUCAAAUGAUGUUGGCUCAAGCUUUGGUUUGUCAUUUUCUUGGACGGGAUUGGCGAUGGCGACCAGAUCAACCGAAUGAAACAUUUCAACAGGAUGAGAAUAAACAUAGAAUGAUAAUAAAAUGGUUUGGUGAUCAACCUAUGGAACAGACACCUUUAUCUAUUCAUACACUUGUUAAGCUUGGUGCUUCAAGUGGUAAAAGAGCUGGUGAUUGGUAUGGCCCAGCAUCUGUUGCUCAUCUUCUUCGCCAAGCAGUGGUAAAUGCAGCUCAAAGUCAUAAAGAAUUUGAUGACUUGGCUGUAUAUGUAGCUCAAGAUUGUGCAGUUUACUUAGAAGAUGUUCGAAGAGUUUGUGAAAAACCAGAUAAAAGUUGGAGAUCUCUUAUACUUUUUGUUCCGCUUAGGCUAGGAGCUGAUAAAUUAAAUCCAAACUAUGCCCCUUGCUUAACUGCAUUAUUGCAACUCGAUGUUUGCAUUGGCGUUAUUGGUGGUCGUCCUCGACAUUCCCUGUAUUUUAUUGGAUACCAAGAAGACAAACUUAUUCAUUUGGAUCCUCAUUACUGCCAAGAAGCUGUAGAUAUAUGGAAAGAAAAUUUCCCUCUAGCUAGUUUUCAUUGUUCUUCACCUAGAAAAAUGCUACUUUCAAAAAUGGAUCCAAGUUGUUGUGUUGGAUUUUAUCUUCAAGAUAAAGAUACCUUUGAUAAAUUUGUGACAAAUAUCGAAAAAUUUCUAGUGCCAUCUAAUCAGAAAGUAGAUUAUCCCAUGUUUCUAUUUUGCAAAGGAAGUAGCGAUGAAAUUCGAAAAGGAUAUGAAGCUACAGAAAGCAUGAUACCGUCCACAAUAAAUAAUGUGAGCGGAACUACUUUACGUGAUGAUGAAAUACCUUAUGAAUAUGAAGAAUUUGAAGUGCUUUAAACUUCAUAAUUUUUAAAAGAAAAUAAGUUAGCAUACCCAUGUACUUAAAAAUGUUCAUU